GACUGUUGAUCUGAUUUCUGCAGAUAGACUAACCUCCUUAACGUUUUACGAUGGGUCGCGAUAGUUUCCGUAGAGGAGGAGGACACCGUGGGUCUAGCCGCGGACGACAUGAGCCUGCUUGGUCCCAAAAACGCGGAGGAGGUGGUGGGCGUACGUGGAAUCGAAACAACACAAAACCGGCAAAUAGAAAUCACAAGGAACCACGCGAAUCGGUUGCGCUUUCAGACCUAAAGGAGGAACAGGUCUUUAUCACCGAGUACGUUUCCGCCGGAAAAGGUUUUCAUGGUAUUCUGAAAUCGAGGUUUUCUGAUUUUCAUGUAAACGAAAUCGAUUUGGAUGGAAACGAAGCUAUACUCACAGACUUGAAUAUACCCGCCGCACCGAGGGAGGAAAUGGAUGAUAAACCUAAUGCGGAACUGGAGGAAAUGUUGUCCCAGUUGAUAACAGCUGAUAAGCUAGAUCAAAUUCGACAAGUGGCUUCGAAAAAACGCACCAGUGCUGUAGAGAUUGACGUGACGGAAUUAACCAAAGAAGACCGGGGAAAAAUUCACAAUGGUACAAAAUCCUUAUUUGGAAGGGCCGUCGUUGGAUCUACUGUUACCAGAGACGAUAAAAAGUAUAUUACUAUAACAGCAUAUAGUUCUAGUAAUGUAACGGAUCGUAGGAAGAAGUGGCUUUGGCCACAUCCUUUUACGUACUUCCUGUUGUACAAGGAAAACGUCGACACGAUACAGGCGGUUGGUCAGAUGUCUGAACAGUUGAAAUGCUCCACUUCAUCGUUCACUUACGCUGGUACCAAAGAUCGGCGAGCCAAGACUACCCAAUGGAUUAGUAUACGACAGUUUGAACCAAGCAAAAUAGCGUCUGCCGUGAAAAGGUUGCAAAAUAUAAAGAUUGGAAACAUUUGCUUUAAGCCGACUACUCUAAGGUUGGGCCAAUUGGGAGGGAAUCGUUUUCGGAUAGCUUUGAGACAAAUUGUUGAAGAAGAGAGCGUUAUUAAAAGUUCAAUGGAAGCAUUUAGGGAUAAAGGAUUCAUAAAUUAUUUUGGACUGCAACGCUUUGGUAAUAGAUCAUCCGUUCCAACGUACAAGAUCGGCAUCGAAAUGCUGAAGGGCAGUUGGAAAGAAGCUUGCGAUUUGAUACUCAAGCCACGGGAAGGUGAUCCUUGGUUUAUUACAAAGAUGCGUGAAACUUGGGAGCAAACACGCUGUGCUGAGACCGCCCUGGCAAAACUUAGCCCGCGCAAUAAAGGUAUCGAAAAACAAAUAUUGUCUUGGUUAGCGACCCACAGUAAUGAUUACAAAGGUGCCAUUCAACAACUGGCUCGAAACUUACGCAUGCUGUACUGUCAUUCAUAUCAAAGUCUUAUUUGGAACAGAGUAGUUUCACGCAGACUUCGAGAGCUUGGCUAUCGACUUAUUCCGGGUGAUUUAGUUUAUGUACCCGAAGUUGCGAGUGAUAUAACAGAGGAGAUCGCAGUUGAUGCGGAUUCGGCUAUAGAGCAAGCGAUAGAAUCGGAUGCCAAAAAGGAUGUGGAUGAGACACCUGCGGAUGAACAAUCAACUGAACCGUCUCGCUUUAAAGCUAUGGUAAAACCGCUUACGGAAGAAGACAUCGAAUCUGGACAGUAUUCGAUUUUUGAUGUCGUGCUACCAUUACCUGGUCAUGACAUUACCUAUCCAGCCAACGAGAGUGGUAAAUGGUACGAGGAACUAAUGGCCGAAGAUGGCCUUUCUUCGGACAUGCUUCGGCGAAAGGAAAAGAAGGAAUCGCUGCCAGGUGCUUAUAGGAAGGUGAUAGUUCGUCCUGAAAAGCUGGAAUGGAAACUUGUGUCAUAUGAAAAACCAACCGACACUCUUAUUUUGUCCGAUCUUGAGAAAUUAAAAGGAGAAAAAAUGCCGGAGCCAAAGGAUGAAGCGCCUCAUAAGGCCUUGCUUUUGGACUUCUGCUUCCCAGCAUCAGCAUAUGCUACAAUGGCUCUGCGUGAGAUAAUGAAAAUAGAUACUUCAGCGUUACAUCAACGAACAGUAGAAAAAGAAAGAUUAGAUGCGGCAGAAAACAAAGCCAAACCCACGGCCGAACCAGUAGAAAACAAAACACCGGCAGCAAAUAGCGAAAUACAUGAUAAGGUUGAUGGUGUGGCAAUUGACAGCGAACCAGCUGAGCCAAUUGCCGAGGAAGAUGCUAAUUCGGAAGAGCCUGCCGAAAAGAAACCCAAAUUAGAUUAGAUCUAAUUAGAUAUUUUUCAGUCACCGGAAAACGUAGAACAGUACAUUUUGCUGCGCAAAUGUAACUGGGCUGUAUACAAUAUGCAAUGGAAAAAUUUCGACUCUAGAUAAUCAUUCUCGUAAUAUAUCCGAGAAACAAUUUUUUAUACGCUGGUUUUUGCAAAAAAAAACAGUGCAAGGUAAUUUUUAAAAUACAUUUGACA